AUGUCCGAUAGCUUGCCUGGAUUAGAUUACCUGUCUAUCUGCGACGACCAUCGCCCUGGUCUUCGGCUCAAGUCCUCAGUGAACCACUUGCCAAGCUAUACAAAUGUCAGAUGCACAAGACCUGUUGGAAUACCUGAUGGGUACAAACGAGAUGCGCUGGACGAUCUCGUACAAGUUACGAUGGAUAAGAUCUGCGAGGAAGGACUGUACGAUAAGGAGCGCAAAAAGUGGAUGAAGAACGGGAGGGAAAUGUUUGAUGGGGUAGACCAGAAGGGCGAUGUGAUGACGAUCACGAGGGCCAUUCAGCAGAUAGCAGCUCAACACUCAACAGCGGGGGGCCCACUCCGCUCACAGCCACGCAUUCCUACUAUGAGCACAACCCGGAUUGAUACCCCGAGUGCAGCCAUCCCUAACAUGUCUGAAUCGCACUUUCGACCUCGAGGUGUCAAAGAUGUUAAGAUAGAAGGAGGAUAUUCCACAGAUGUGUUUGAAAGCCCUCAAACAUUGGAAAUAAAGAGAAAAUUCAGGUCUGGAGUCCACAGAUCAUCCAAGAUGGGCCAAGACGUAAAUGGCCUAGGCAGUCAUGUCCGCAGCGUGCUUUAA